CGGGGGCGGAAGGCGGAGCGGAGCUGGGCGGCGGGGGCGGUGUCGCCGCGGUCUAGAGGCGGCGGUGGUGGCGGAGUUGGUGGUCCCGGCGCGAUGGCCGCCUCGGUGUUCUGUUGCCUGCGGUGCUGCAGAAACGGCGGUACCGGCCACAUACCUCUAAAGGAAAUGCCAGCAGUGCAGCUGGACACGCAGCACAUGGGAAUCUGGGGUAUUGGAGUCGCAACCCAGAAAGUCAACUUGAAUCAGAUUCCUCUUGGCCGAGAUGUGCACAGUCUGGUGAUGAGGAAUGAUGGAGCUCUCUACCACAACAAUGAGGAGAAAAACAGGCUGCCAGCAAAUAGCCUCCCACAGGAGGGAGAUGUGGUGGGUAUUACAUAUGACCACGUAGAACUAAAUGUAUAUUUGAAUGGAAAAAACAUGCAUUGUCCAGCAUCAGGUAUACGGGGGACAGUGUACCCGGUUGUUUAUGUUGAUGACAGCGCAAUUUUGGAUUGCCAGUUCAGUGAAUUUUAUCAUACUCCUCCACCUGGUUUUGAAAAAAUAUUAUUUGAACAGCAGAUCUUCUGAAUGUAUUUUUUUUUUUUUUGGAAACUUUUACCUCUGCACUGUUAAAAGUGUUUACCAUUUAAUAAAGCUUUACCUAUACCUGAGCUAUAGAUGGAAAUAUAUUCUUAAAAAUAUGCUUGUUAAUGUUGCCUAAGGAACCAAUGUAUUCAAUGUACCACAAGGAAAUUGUGAUUUAAAAUACUUGUGUUUUGUGAUACGAAAAUCAGCAUCUGGGGCAGUUUAUUUAAUUCUUAUUUAAAUAAAUUUAACAUUAUGUGUUUAAUUUAACAGUAUUAAAUGAAAAUAUGUAUAUAGAGAUUUAAAAGGGAAUCUUUCUUACAUAAAAUAUUUGUUUUGAUAGAGAUAUAGAGUGAGUCGGUUUGUUUGUUUGUUGUCAUUCUGAGGCUUAGACCUCAUAACUAUGUUAAAUCUACAGU